AUGUUCAGAACAGCCCUGCGCUCGACGCUUCACCCUCAACUUCUCCGCCAUGGAAGCCUUCGCUUCCUCUCAAAUGAGGCGCGUUCAAGAAUCCAAACGGCUGUAUCUUCCACACCAGUGGUCCUAUUCAUGAAAGGCACACCUCAACAUCCUCAGUGCGGGUUUUCUCGAGCAGCAAUCCAGGUCUUGGGGCUACAUCAGGUUCCUGUUGACCGACUAGCGACAUAUAACGUGUUGGAAGACGAGGAGUUGAGAAGUGGGAUCAAGGAAUUUUCGGACUGGCCGACAAUUCCGCAAUUGUACCUCAACGGCGAGUUUAUUGGGGGUUGUGAUAUUCUAUUAUCUAUGCACCAGUCUGGAGAAUUAGAAAAGUCGCUGCAACAGGCGGGCGUAUACCUAGAAAGUGCAUAA